GGCCUGUAUUUUCUCAUUGCUGUAGCAUCUGUCUUGGAGGAGAAUGCUAUAGGAGCCCUGUGGUGGCGGAGGUGUGUCUGGACCCGAAGGAAUUAUAAUAACAAUAUUGCAGGGUGAUAUGUCAAUGCAUUCCUCCAAGGUUAACCCUGCUAUGGCGCGAGGAUGAGAGCUGACUUUGUCUGUCUCUUUCUCAAGUUAUCCCUCCUCGUGGUGACCUCCCUGGACCUCUCUAUUCAUUUAGGUGUGUGUGGUAAUAUGACAUGGUGACUUCUCUGGGUGUGUCAUCAUGUGAUGUGGCGAUCCCUCUCUGGGUGUGUCAUCAUGUGAUGUGGCAAUCCCUCUCUGGGUGUGUGUCGUCAUGUGACGUGGUGACGUCCCUGGACCUCUCUGUGUGUGUGUCGUCAUGUGAUGUGGUGACCUCUCUGGGUGUGUGUCGUUAUGUGACGUGAUGACCUCCCUGGGAGUGGGGAUCUCAUCAUUAAGGUGUGUGUCAUCCUGUCAACGCCCCUGCCCCGCCCAACUGCCUCACUCACUUUGUAUUCUGAUGCUAACAUGCACCUCAACGUCCCUGGCAUGAGGUUCAGGGUUUCUCCAAUCUUCUCCAAUCAAUUGCUCCUCUUGCCAGCUUUUGCCCUUAACAUCUGUCCUCCUGGACCAUGGCAUAGGCGUUUAGUUAUUGACAAGCACGGUUUUCUGGUGCUUUGUUUUUGCUACUGGGUGGGCCCCAGUGGGACCAGAGCAAUUUAAUGUGUGGUUUGGUACUAGCUCCAUGUCUUCAGUCAUCACAGAGUGUAGUCUGCAGUCUAGACUCAAAACACAGGGCUGUAUUCAAACAAGGAUUUAGAGUUCACAGUAGAACAGCUCUGGGUUCAGGUGUGUCUCUGUUCUUUGGAGUGCUUGCAUUUCUUCAAAGUUUUCUGUAGUGUGUGUUUCAGGGCUCACCACUGGCUUUUUUUGCAAGUAAAUUAUUCUGGACCCACACAAAUGCAGUUGUCGAAGUAGAAUUUUCAUUGUCUCUUGUACUGUCAAUUAAACAUAAACAUUUAUUCUUCCAUAAUGUCUGUGGAAGGGGUCUCCAACCUUUUCGGCUUAAAGACCUACUUUAAAAAGAAAAUUCAUCUGUUGCUUUCGUUUUUCUUUCCUAUUGCAACUUUCUCUAGGUCUUUAUUAUACAAGAGAAACAACUGCGUUUUCUGCCAAUAUACCCAGUCAAAUAACAGUUAAUAAUUUACCUUAAAUGGGGCCCUAUAAAAUCUGUUAGAUCUUUUUCAGACAUUUCGAAUGUUGCGCUUUUCCAUUGGCAAUGAUUGUGCACAUACACAAUUAGCUGCACUUUCCAGUGAAAUUGUUGCAAUGUGGAGCCUUGGUCUGUGUCUCCGUAUCUGUGUCUCUCUGUGUGUGCUCUUUUAAGAGAUGCUAAGGUAUGUUCAGUCGGGGUCUUUAUUGAGUGUGGAGUCGUGACUGCUUAAAGAUGGAAGAGGAAUCUUAAAGAGGCUAUUGAUCUGAGACCUCCUGAGCUCUCCUCGUCCAGUGGAGAAGAGAGAUUGGGGUGAUGUUGGCGGCAUCCUAUUGGUCCUUGCUGGCGCCGGCCAUCGACAUGGCGGAGGAUUCAGGGAAGUAUGGCUCGUUUGCGUUCAUCCCGGUAGCGGUGGGCUUCACCCUGGGCGCAGCCUUCGUCUUCCUGGCUGACCUGAUGAUGCCCGCUCUGGGCGUUGGGGUGGACCCUCACACAGCCCUGGCCCUGCCUCCAGACACUAAACAGGCCAAGGAGGAGGACCUCAUGUACCCAACCGCAGACGAGAUGACCAUUAGGAUAGGUAGAGCAGGACCUCUUCCAGAUAAGAUUGAAAACGGAGAGGUGUACCAGCGAAGGAAAGGCGCCCACGCUGGUCCCUCAGACUCAGAUCGACAGGAUGUGGGCAGCCAGCAACAGGAAGGGGCGGGCCAAACAAGAAGCAGCUGGAGGCGUAUCAUCCUCCUGAUUCUAGCCAUCACCAUCCAUAAUAUCCCAGAGGGCCUGGCAGUGGGGGUUGGGUUUGGAGCCAUUGGAAAGACCUCGUCUGCCACGUUUGAGAGUGCCAGGAAUUUGGCCAUUGGUAUCGGGAUCCAGAAUUUCCCAGAGGGCCUUGCUGUGAGCCUUCCUCUACGGGGUGCGGGGAUGUCCACAUGGAAAGCUUUCUGGUACGGACAGCUCAGUGGUAUGGUAGAACCAAUCGCGGGGUUGCUAGGCGCUGUUGCCGUAGUGUUGGCGGAGCCACUGUUGCCGUACGCCUUGGCCUUUGCUGCCGGGGCCAUGGUGUAUGUUGUGGUCGAUGACAUCAUCCCAGAGGCUCAACUCAGUGGGAACGGUAAAUUGGCUUCCUGGACUGCCAUCCUCGGAUUUGUAGUGAUGAUGUCACUGGACGUUGGGCUGGGCUGAGUCGACACCUCCACAUGAGACCAACCUGCCUUCUUUCCAAGAGCUUGUUUUAUUUUUUGUUUCUUAAUUGGUUGUGCAUUUGGUUAUUGUUUUAGGAUAUUUACCAAAUGUAUUUUUCUUUUUCUUUUUUGGAUACUGGACUGGAUCCUAAUUAUAAAAUGUGAUAAUACUUGAAGGGUGAUGUAUGUGUGACUAGUUUAGAUUGGCACUGAAAAUGCUGUGAAUGAAAAUAUGAUUAUUGAUUUUUGAAUUUAUCUUUAUGGAGUGUUUCUCAUGGUUUUACACGUCUAAGGGCUAUGGCCAUUUUGGCACCAGUUAUGUUGGCCCACUACACAAUUCCACCUCUACACUGUGUUUUGAAGGCUAGUUAUGGUCACUGAAGGAAACACAGGGAUCUUUGUCUACAGACAUGUCACAAAUAACAAGCUGAAUGUAGGAUUACCUGGUCUUUGAGAAGGAUCUUUGCUGAGAUUACUGUAAUUUAUUUACAAAUGGCAUACAUCCUGAUUCAUUCUGUGUCAUUUUCUCUUCUGUGUUACUAUUUCUACCAUACAUUCUCUAUCAACCUCAGGCUGUCAGUGAAAAGGUGUGUUUAUGUGCGUGUGCGCACGCACGUGUGUGUAUAAUAGAGAACGAGAUAUUGCAUUUGGAUGAAAAAAAAAGAGAGAGGAUGGGAAUGGGAACCAUUUUACUGCUAGCUUUUCAUUUGUAUAUCUUUGUUGUUAUAUUACUACAUUCCAUUAUGUUUACAGGUGAAAUGAACUGUUUUAGUGAGGCAUUGUGAAAUUGCAGCUAGCCAAAUGGAAUGCUAGCUAGACACAAACACCCGAAUGGUACGUUAUUUUUGCUUUUUCAUUGGUCCAUUCAUGAACUAUACUGUACUGUGCUGUAAUGUGUGAGGCAGUGAGCUUCUAAACUUGUGGGUGUAACAAGCUAUAACUAAGUAUGGUCCCAGAUGAAGAGCAAUCAUCACGGACAAUCAAGACUCCCCUGUCCAUGGGAUCUUAUUCAAUGUAAUAAUGUGAUCCUGAAUCAUUGGCAUAGCAUUUUUUAAAUAAUUUUACAGGCCAACGAACAGUUCAUUUUACAACCGCAGAAAGCAGUAGACUAAAAAGAACACAAACCCGAUGAUUAGUCCUACUUUGUCUUUUCAUUACUGACAGCCUCAGUCAAAUCCUUCUAUAUUCUGUUUGAUGUGGGCCUAGUCCUGCUCAAUAACACGGUCUAGAAGUGUCUGGGAGCAUCCUCCACAAUGAUAACUAUUGUUUCCCCAAGCCAAGGGUCUGUCAACACACUGUCUCUUAUCUGACUCCAACCUGAUUCAAGUACCCUUUUUCAUAACAUACAUGACAGCCAAUUAAGUAAGGCUGAAAACCAUAUAUUCUAUCUGAUUCACCCGUGAUUAUAUACACACAACAUGACUGGCGCGUGGGCCCCCAGAGCUCGUGGACCCCCCAUCCUGGCCUACAGAUCCGCGUGGGAGUCCACUACGCCAGUGGAGAGCAGCACUCCGACCCAGACACGGAUGCAAACGUCCAGGCCCUGGCCUCGAUGCCCGACUGAGACUGUUCCUGGAGCAGUGUUCUGGUGACGAUGAUGUAAUAAACCAAGACCGCUUCCUUCCA